AUAAUCAUUAGGGCGUAAAAAAAAUAAUGGGACCGUACCAUUACCCCAGUUCUGUAGGUGGCAGUAACAUGUUAGUGUCGAAUUUAAGAAGAAGAAGAAGAGGGAAGGAAACCGGAAAUAGUUGACAGGACAGGAUGAUGGAUAUCCGCUUCACCAAAGGGAAGUCUUUAGUGCUGGAGCGCUCUCUGUCUCGGCCCAGGACGGAGGUGAGCCUGAGUGCCUUCGCGCUGCUCUUCUCGGAGAUGGUGCAGUACUGCCAGAGCCGAGUCUACUCGGUGUCCGAGCUGCAGGCGCGCCUGGCGGACAUGGGCCGGACAGUGGGAGCGUCCAUGCUCGACCUGCUGGUGCUGAGGGAGAAGAACGGCAAGAGGGAGACCAAAGUGCUCAACAUCCUGCUCUUCAUCAAGGUGUCCGUGUGGAAGUCUCUGUUCGGUAAGGAAGCAGACAAGCUGGAGCAGGCCAACGACGACGAUAAGACCUACUACAUCAUCGAGAAGGAGCCGCUGGUGAACACGUUCAUAUCCGUGCCUAAAGAGAACAGCACGCUGAACUGUGCCGCCUUCACCGCCGGCAUGGUGGAGGCCAUCCUCACACACAGCGGCUUCCCCGCCAAAGUCACGGCGCACUGGCACAAGGGCACGACGCUCAUGAUCAAAUUCGACGAAGCCGUCAUCGCCCGAGACAAGCAGCUGGACGGGAGGUAGAGAGGAACGAGGUUGAGGAGCGGCACACGCCGUGUGUAGAGGAAGUGGACUCUGUGUGCGUGUGUGUUUUACAGCUACACAGUCAUUCAGGUCAUUUUCAGCAUCUAGUGAAAAGUCAGUGGACUUUUUUGGAUCGUUGGAAAAUUAAAAAACACAGGAAAAGGAACCGUUUGGUGAAAAUGUUUACGCAGGCCCUCUGCCUGGAUUCUAAAACAAAUGGCACUCAUUUUGUCUGCUCAGAGCAUGACUGUAUAUCUAUAUGUACACUAAUAUAUCUCAUAAUACUAAAGUAAAUGGUAAUAAAACUGACCUGAGGUAAAACUCUCCAUUUUGGCUUCUUGUGGUUGAUUUAAAACCAUAAACAGGAACAAACAAAAGUCUUAUUGCUUCACUAUUCGACAGCAUGAGGUCAUAGAGAACGCGUCCAGAGUGUGUGUGUGUGUGUGUGUGAGGGGGGAUGAUCUUUAGGUGUUGGGUCAGUUAUCAGUGUUUGUGUUUCCACACAGCUCUGUUUAUCGUACUCAGUUCACUGUUGAGUAUCAUCCUGCCACUGACGUGACUUUCUUCUGUCUUUGCUGUGAAGAGAAAUCACUUCUCUGACAAUAAUUGCACGUUAUAUACAACAAUAAACACGUAUAGAUGUAUAUUA